AUGGGAGUGUGGAAUCAGACACGAGUGGUGGAAUUCGUCUUCCUGGGAUUCUCUGGCAUUCCAUACGGCCACAUCUACCUCUUCCUGGUAUUCUUAGCCAUUUACACGGUCACUGUGCUGGGGAACCUCAUGAUUUUUACUCUGAUUCAACUGGAUUCCAGCCUUCAUAGCCCCAUGUAUUACUUCCUCAGCCACCUCUCCUGCUUAGAUAUUUGCCUCUCCUCCGUCACAGUCCCUAAGAUCCUGGUGAACUUCUUGUGCCAGCGACAGACCAUCACCUACAACCAGUGCAUGGCACAGAUGUUCUUUGUGAUGUCUUUCACGGGGACGGAGGCUGCGCUGCUGGCUGUCAUGGCCUAUGACCGCUAUGCUGCCAUCUGCAAACCUUUGCAUUACUCCCACCUAAUGAAAUCCAAGGUGUGUACCGUACUGGCCUUUGCCACUUGGGUGUGGGGCUUCGUAGACUCCGCUUUCCAUACAGCUCUGAGCUCUAACUUAUACUUCUGUGGAGUCAACCAGAUUCAUCACAUCUUCUGUGAUCUCCCCCCAUUGAUGAAAAUUUCUUGCAGUGAUACACACAUCAAUGAAAUGGCCAUCCGCAUAGCAAGCCUAUUUGUGGGUGGGGGACCCUUCCUCUUCAUCAUCUUCUCAUAUUUCUUCAUCCUGUCCUCCAUCUUGCACAUCCGUUCUACCCAUGGCAAACGCAAAGCUUUUUCCACCUGCGCUUCUCACAUCGUUGUCGUUAUCAUUUAUUAUGGAAAUGCAUUAAUUAACUAUAACAGGCCAAGCGCUGGGUACUCCUUAGAGAUUGACAGUCUUGUUUCCACCCUCUUCUGCAUUAUGACCCCUAUGCUCAACCCCCUCAUCUACAGCCUUCGGAACAAGGAAGUAAAAGGAGCCUUGAAGAAGGUUGUAGAAAGACAGAAGGAGUCUAAACAUCACCGCGCUCUAAGUUAG